AUGUCGAAUACCGAACAAAGGCCAUUUGUGCCUUCAAAGAAAAUCAACACCGAGUAUCCUCUCAUCGACAGUGACCCACAUAUCAAAAGAGUACUUGGCUAUGCAAGACCAUCGGACUAUGCGGUCGGAGCAGCGACGGCUACCGCAGGACCGGGUUUGAUGUUGUUGUGGGAACGAAUUUCACCUUCACUCGUUGGAAAAGGAGGGUUUGCUCCAAUCAUGCGAUUAUCGGGAGUUAUUGGUGUUGGAGCUGGUUUCUUUAUGUUUUACCAACGCUCUAUACUAAGAUUCUACGGUUUCACGGAAAAUAAGCGUGAGCAAGAAAUGGAUAUGAGAGAAAUGGUGAACAAAGUUAAGAAGGGAGAGUCUUUAUAUGGGGAAAGCUCAACUACACCAUAUAUCCAGGGAGUCGCAUCGAGGAAUUCAAGAUAUGCAGGAGUCUGGAUGCAUGUUAUGCCUUGGUUUAACAUGGUAAACCACAAUCAGCAUGGAGUUGACACAGCCAAGUAUUAUCAACAAGCCGAGAGAGAGUUGGAGGCUGAGAGUUCGGGAAAGAAAUUGUCAAACUAG